AUGUCAGCCCGGACGUUCCGACGAGGUCAUGCAGCGAUGUACGGAGCCCUGCCCAGCACGCCCGUUUCGGAGAUUCGAACGCGUAAAUGGACAAAAGAGACCAAGACAGUGGGUCACCUGAGUAUCCCCAAGUGGGUUCCCGAUCAAGAGAACCCUACGGAAGCUCUUCAAAGGGGGGCGAGUAAGAAGCUGAAAGGACGCAAGCGGGGAGCCGGUGAAGGAGGGCGAAUGACGCGCAGCGUGCGACAGCAUCUGGACGCACCGUUGGAGCUGCUGUCUGAGUACCCCGUGCGCGUUCACCCACCACGGGCUCCGUCGUCACCUGCUGAAACGACAACGGUUGCAUCAUCCGAGAAGUCCAAGGUAGCUUCGUCUUUUGCUGAUAUGAUGCCAACGGAUGGUGCUUCGUUCCUUGGACCACAGGCAGCAGCUACUUGUGCAGUCUCAGUUGCUGUCCAAGGACCCGCCGAGGUGAAACACACGGAGACUGCGCUUAUUGUUAAGGAAACUACGCGAUCAAUGCAACCACUCGCUAAUAUCGUGGAGAAAGCAUCAACUGCUGCUUCGGCAACAAAUGCAUCUUCUGACUCGACGAUGCAGGAUAUGUCAGUGAUGCCCCCAGUGUCGAACCAAUUGAUUACUGAUGUACCAUCAGAUGAACAACUGGAGAUGGUGCUGGACGAUCUACCCAUGCUCGAUGCAGACGACGCUUUCGAUUUGGAUGCCUUAGAUCCUGCUUUCUUGCCGGCUCCUAUACCCUCAGUGCUAUCCGCGACGAACGUUCUGCAUUCUGGUGGUAUAAGUUCGAAACAGCAGUCGACUGAGGACUCAUCAGCCUCGAUCAGUGAAGACGAUGCGUCGGUGAACUCGGGCUCGUCAAUGCCGUCAUAUUCCCCACAGUCGUCGCCUAGAGUGAUGUCUCGCUCACCGUCGCCGUAA